UAUGGAAUAUCUUAUAGUUCUGUCGGGGAAGAUGGAUUUAAAUCUUAAGUUCCUUAAGGAAUUCCUUCAGCGAUUUCAUCUUUUCCGCUUUCUUUACAAAAUCCAUUGUGACAGCGAAGAUGAGAUUGUGUUCCCAGCUGUGGAGGCUAUGGCGAAAUUACAAAACAUAAGCUUUUCGUGUUCUAAUGACCACAAAUUGGAAAAGGAGCUCCUAAGUAAUGUCACUGAUAUUCUGUAUGAAAUGUGUGAGUUACAUGUUUCCUUUCCUGCUGAAACGUCAAACUUUCUGGAUGGUACACCUCAACAGAGAUUACUUUAUUAUCGUAGUAUGUGCACAAAGCUUCACGAUAUGUGUAAAACAAUGCGUAUCGCUCUAGAGAAGCAUGUGUACCAUGACGAGAUUCAGGUUUGGUCAUCAUUUUUGGAGUUCUUCCUGUACGAGGAACAAGAAAAGAUCAUAGGGCGCAUGCUAGGAAGGACAAGAGCAGAAAAUUUGCAAGUAAUUUUGUCGUGGCUUAUGAUGUCAUUGUCACCUGGUGAACAACACGGCAUAUGGUCCAUAUUGUUUAAGGCUACAAAAAAUACAAUGUUUACUGAAUGGUUGGCAGAAUGGUGGGAUGGCAUAGACAAGAGUGGCAUGACUGCAACAGAAGAGGAGUUCAAUGGCUUCCCUUUGAGAGCAGAAGAUCCGCUAGAGAUUGUUGCAACCUAUCUUUCAAGUGAAACUUGCAACGAGCUUGAAGGGAUGAACCUUCCUGGUAGAGUAUCAAUCUUUCGAGAAAGAGGUUGUAACGGUGUUAAUGCUAGACUUUCUGUAAAGGAUAACGCAAAACCUUUAAAUCGCAAGUUAAAAUUUUUCCAAGGCCGCGUGUUUAAUGGUUCAAGUAAUGAAGAUGAGAAGCGCUUGCAGGGAGUGAUAUUUGUCAAAGACCAGGUUGAGAAACCAGCUAAAGUUCCACUUGAAGAUGAGACACUUAGACAUGACCAGAAGCAGCUUUUGAACAUGAGCCAUGAAGAUUCGGGGUUGGAAAUCAGAAGAAUAUCACAUGAUAUUACAAGAAGUUUGGCUAGUUCCCAGCAAAAGCAUCAUCAAGAAGUUGCACGCGGAAGCAAUAAUGGAGAAAUUCCUGGUCAUUAUCCAUCUUAUCAAAACGAAGCAAAAGGAACUUUUGGUUGCAAACACUACAAGAGGAAUUGCAAGCUUUUUGCUUCUUGCUGCAAUCAGUUCUUUACAUGCAUGCAUUGCCAUAACGAGUCUGUGCUUGAUCACACAAUGGACAGGGAGUCUACAACCGAGAUGAUGUGCAUGAAAUGUAUGAAAGUUCAACCUAUUGGUCCCGCUUGCUCUAACAUUUCCUGUGAUGAAUUCUCCAUGGCCAAAUACUUCUGCGGAAUCUGCAAAUUGUACGAUGAUGACAGGGAGAUUUACCACUGUCCUUUUUGCAACAUAUGUCGAGUUGGAAAGGGGUUGGGUAUUGACUACUGUCAUUGCAUGAAUUGCAACACAUGCUUAUCAACUUCUUUCUCGACGCAUAUAUGCAGAGAAAAAUCUUUUGAGUCCAACUGCCCAAUCUGCCAGGAGUACAUCUUCACGUCAAGAUCUCCCGUGAAGGCUCUUGCUUGUGGGCAUUUGAUGCACUCAGAAUGUUUUAAGGAAUACACUUGUACUCAAUAUACAUGCCCAAUCUGUAACAAGUCACUAGGGAACAUGAAGGUUUAUUUCAAAAUGAUUGACGAUUUGUUGGCUGAAGAAAUACUUCCGGAGGAAUAUUCUGAGAUGACUCAAGACAUACUGUGCCAUGACUGCGAGAAAAAAGGGGUUGCAUCCUUCCAUUGGCUUCACCACAAAUGUACUCAUUGUGCUUCUUAUAAUACCCGACUUCUAUAAGAGGAUCCCAAUGUCGAAUCCAUGUUGUUAUCAUUGGGGCCAAAUAUUAUCUCGUUUUCCACUCAUAAAAUUUCCAAGCACUUGGAGCCCCAUUUUCCUAUGAAACACCCCUUCCAGAGGCUAGUUUCCCAAAUAAGUUAAUGUUUUAUAAUAAGUGGGUUCCUGAUAGGUCAAAAUCAUCACAGAAGAGCCAAUCAAUUGCAGUUUACCUCAGAUUUAGUACAACAAUCGCAUAAAUAAGGUGCAGCAAAACUCGGCGGAAUAAAGUAGAACAUGACUGUAAUUCAAAUUUUGUGUGUUAUUGUAAUAUCUUAAGUUUGAGCGAGUUUAUCCAACGGCAUGUUAAUUAUUCUUGAUUGUUUUUUU